AUGGGCAAGAACCCCGUCGUGUUCUUCGACAUCAAGAUCGGACUCCUUCCGGCCGGAAGGAUCCAAAUGGAGCUUUACAUGGAUGUAGUCCCGAAGACCGCCACCAACUUCCUCAAGUUGUGCACGGGCGAGAUGGGGCAGGGAGCAAGCGGGAAGCCUCUGCAUUUCAAAGGAUGCAAAUUCCACAGGAUCAUCUCCGGGUUCAUGGCGCAGGGAGGAGAUUUCACUCGCGGGGACGGUACCGGGGGCGAGAGCAUCUACGGGGCGAAGUUCCCGGACGAGAACUUUGUGUCCAAGCAUGACCGGCCCGGUCUGCUGAGCAUGGCAAACUCCGGGCCCAACACCAACGGCUCGCAAUUCUUCAUCACCUUCCAGCCGACCCCUCACCUGAACGGCAAGCAUGUGGUGUUCGGACGGGUGAUUGCGGGGAUGGAGGUGGUUCGAGAGAUGGAGAAAGUGCAAACUGGAAGAGGAAACACGAUUCAAAGGAGAGCAAAGCAGAGAAAAAGAGACUCGUCACGAGUCUGA